AUGAUUCUGGCAGCAUCUGAACUGGCCAUGCACCAGGAGAGAGUGUCCCGUCACUAUAAGGGCAUCACCACCGCGCUGAACGAGCUCAAGUCUCGCUUCACCGAUCUCAACUCAGAACACAACCGGAUGUUUGAACAGUUCCGAGAACACAUCGAGAACAUGGAACACAUCUUCAUCAACGCAACCAAGUCUACCAAGAGGCUACUGCAGACUGAGUUAGAAAAGUUCAUGGACACCAUCAGAGUCUCCCUGCGACAGUUCCGCGGUUUCCUUGACGACACCCUGGCAACACUGAGGGAGUCCAAAGCUCGCUUCAGGAUGUCCUUCAAACUGUUCUCAGAUGGAGGUAACUUCUCUCCUGAGGAGAUAGAGGAGUACAGGAAGAAGCUGGAGAGGAUGGCUAACAAGAUCGACUCAGCCGAGGGGUUUGUGAUGGCUGACCUGGAGGGUAUGGAGGCCAGGAGGCUGGACCAGGCCACAGAGGUCGUCAACAAGUUUGAGCACAGGUGA